CUGCAGAUUAAAUAGCUGCUGCAGAGCUGAGUCUCUCAGUUCCUAACAUUUUCAGGACUCAUGCACAAAAUGACAAUGCGUAAAGGAAAGAGGAAAAGUUCUGCUGUUUACUUGGCUGUUAUUCUAGCGUGCUAUUUGGCGCAAACGAUAGACUGUUAUCGACUGAGGAAAACAGAGCGGCGUGAGGGGCGAAGAGAAGCCGAUGUUGCCAAAACGAUAGCUUUCCAAGAGGGGAAUAUUGUGUUCGGGAGAGUUUUUGAGAAAGGGUCUGGCCUUGAGCCGCAAACCACAGAGGGGAGCAAGAACUCAAACGCUUCUGUGGAGGAUGAAGCUGCUUAUCAAGCGGACCAUCCAGGCUGGUCCAAAGGACAGGCACAAGAUGCUACUUCCAGGGAGGCCGCGUUCAAGCGCAUGGCACCCUCUCUGCAGUGUGGUGGGGACCAGCUGAAGUUCAAAGCUGUGGGACCAGGAGCUUCACAGUUUGCAGUGGAACAAGCAAAUGCAUAUCCAAUGCCUCUGUCCCAAGUCCCCUCCACCUGUGGCUACAGCAUGCAGAGGAACCCGCUUGCACUUGUUAUGUUAGUUCCCUAUGAUGGCUGCAACAUAGUUCAAGAGGGUGGAAGUUAUGUGCUCCCAAUGCGUUGGCAGGGAGCUCCAGUCUCACUCUGGUGUCCCAAACCUGCUGCACCUGCCUCCACAACUGCUGCCCCUCAAACUGAAAAGAAACCAGAUGCUGCACAUCCUCAUAAUCCUCAGUCCUUUUACUUUCCAUUCUACCCGCCUUAUCCUAAAUACCCCCCAGUACAACCUACAGCGGCACCAACCACAACCACGGCAAAGAAACCAGCAGUGCCUCCAUAUCCAUAUUACCCAUACUACCCUCCCAUUUACCCCUUCUUUCCCAAACUGCCAGUCACAGCAGCGCCAACCACCACCAAACCAACUACAACCACCACCACUGCAAAGCCAGCUGUGGUCACAUUUCCUCCACCGAUGUUUCCUUUUCCAUUCUACCCCUAUCCUUGGCCCAUCCCGGGGCCUCUGCCAGUUACUACCAAACCCACAACAACCACCACCACGACUAAACCAACAACCAAGCCGCCCACAAAACCUCAGGUACCUCCGUUUCCACCCUUCAUGCCUUUCCUUCCUCCUCCAUAUAAUUUUUAUCCUCCAUUUGUGCCAGUCUAUCCAACCCUUAAGCCCACAACACCCAGUACGACUACAACGACAACUCCAACCACCACAACAAAGAAACCGGUGCAACAGCCCCCCUUUCCUUAUCAAUUUCCAUUUAUGCAACCCCUCCCUCAUCACCACCUGCAUCAUCCCCCGCAUCACCCCCCCAUCUUUUUUUUUGGUUAAGUGGAUGAACAUUUCUAAUAAAUGGUUUGAAUAACAAA